AUGGCUGCUUCUCUGGCGGCUUAUGGCAUUGAUCCAAGCACAGCUGUCAAAGAGGAGACUUUAGUCGAGGAUGCAGCCGAAGAAGGCGACUCUGACUCGGAUUCCGACUCAGACGACGAAGUCAGCUUUGUCAUGAACGCCGGUCGCGGUCUCGAUCUCCGACAUGGCGCGAAGCAACAAUCGCAUGUCAUUGGAAUCGGCAAAUGGGCCCAUACGGCAACGUCAUCCGCUCCUCCGGCAGCCAGCCCUGCACCCUUGACUGGCACGCCUUCAAAAGAUGCGCUCACUGAUUACACACCCGCUGCUCGUCCAGGCGUAGCCACUUCUCAGCCUGCACCUGCUGCAGCUGUUCCUCCUUCCGCUGCAGUAACCGACGUCAAGUCUGUACCUCAGGCGGGCAACGGACCACCGCCUACCACUCCGUUACCGCACUCAAAUUUGGCAGUGCAGACCGCGCCCGCCAAUGGCCCCCACAUCAACCCUACAAACCCGACGGGGAUCAUCCCUUCUACUGGUACAUCAGUGUACGAUGUGGAUGUUGCGCAGUUCGAGGGUAGUGGGCAGAUGUGGCGCCGUCCCGGGAGUGACAUAUCGGACUGGUUCAACUACGGAUUCGACGAGGUCACAUACCCUAAGUUCCUCAAGUAUCGACAGGACAUGGAGCAGGGGAGGGCAGCUUUGAUGGGAAACAUGAAUCAGAUGACCCCGGAAGUCGCGCAGCUGCUCCACUUGCCCAUGGGACAGAUGAACAACAUGCAGCAACUGCAGAUGCAGCAGCAGAUGCAGCAAAUGAUGGCCAUGCAAGGCAUGGACCAGGCGAUGUUCAUGCAAAUGCAGCAGAUGCAGAACAUGCAGAAUCAAGCGCAGGGAGGCGGACAGAUAGAUGGAAAUGGCCAGCCGCAUGGCGAGCAAGAGGAAGGAUCGAUCCCUCAGGAAAUCGAAGCUGUCCCUCCUUCGGGACCGCGAGGGGCACCUGCGAGUCGCGGAGGCGCCGCCAUCCGUGGUCGCGUUCCCACUGGCCCGCGCGUCCCUGCUCCGCGAGGACCUAAGAACAGGUUCCGAGACAAAGACCGCGUCACUGACUCCGCUGCCGGCUCUCUUGAUUACGGAGCGGAGGGCGGUUCUGUACCGCAUAGCCGCGAGGCCAGUCAUUCCCGGUCACCCUCGCCGUACGAGAGGUAUGAGCGCCGCGAGCGGAGCCGGAGUCCUUCGAGGUCAAGGGACAGAUCGAGGGAGCGUGAGCGGGACCGAGACUGGGAACGUGAUAGGGAGAGGGAACGGGACCGCGACCGCGAGCGUGAACGCGAUCGAGACCGCGACCGUGACAGUCGAUCAUCGAGGCGAAACCGUCAUGCUGACGGCGAGGAAGGCGAGUACCAGAGCCACGACGACGAGCGCUCUUCCAGGAGAAAGAGGAGCAGAAGUGUCGAAGAAGAGCGUCCUCGGAGAAGCACUAGGGCUAGACGUGAGCGAUAG